AUGUCGCUAAACCGAGUCCAAAGCAUCGAGACGCUGACGGCUCCACAUGGCCAUCAUGGGGCUUCUAUUGAGAGAAGGGGCAGCGAUGCGAGCCUGAGGGUUCGGCGGUUGACAUUUAAUCCUGUACCGCAGGACUUUGAGACUGCAUCGUUGAGGCCGGAUGACCAGCCUGCUGAGACUGUUGGUGCUUUCGAGGUCCCUUCAUGGAAGAGAUUGCUCCAGAUUGCUGCUGCUGUUGUACACUGUCUCUUUGCAGCAGGCAUAGUCUUCGGUUAUGCUGCUAUCAAACCCGUCCUCAAGCUCGAAGGCGCAUAUUCUGAUAUCUGCGAGGCCGCCAUCCAUCAACGCUCGGCAAGUCAUGUAGGCGCCAUUUCUGACGAUCCGCAUAACACGUGCGUUGAGAUCAGGCUGAACCUGAUGUUCACAGUCGCCGCUGUCGGUACGAAUGUUGCCGCUCUUCCUGUAGGAGCGAUCCUUGAUAACUAUGGUCCUCGUGUCUGUGGUUUGUUAGGAUGCCUCUUUUUGACCACAGGCGCAUUACUCAUGGCUCAUGCCCAGUCCCUACCGUUUGAUGGACUUCUACCAGGUUAUCUGUUUUUGGCACUUGGAGGUCCAUUCACCUAUAUUUCGUCUUUCCAGCUCUCAAACGCUUUCCCGCGACACUCUGGACUAAUCCUAGCACUUUUGACCGGCGCAUUCGACUCCUCAAGCGCACUGUUUCUUGUUUACCGUCUUGUAUAUAACGCCACUGAUGGGGCCUUUACUUUGCACCGCUUCUUCCUCUUUUAUUUAGUUGUCCCGAUAUUGAUCUUCAUCAGCCAGAUUCUAAUCAUGCCAGGCCAAUCUUACAAGACGGUUGGAGAACUUGUCGACCAAGCCGCUGAGGCGGAUGAUGAUAUCAUUAUCCACUCAACUACAAGCACGCAGCAGGAAAUUAACGAGCAUACGGCCCUGCUACGUGACGAGCGUCGUGAGGAAAGAGAGCGGCGCGAAGCCGUGGUACACGACAUCGAGAACCUCUUGGGAUCAGCCAAGGGCGAUGACCAAGUUGAAGCCAGUGAACGAAAACAUGUUGCUUCGGGAGUAUGGGGAGUUCUUCAUGACUGUACUGUCAUCGAGCAGAUUCGGUCUCCUUGGUUUAUACUCAUCUGUCUUUUCACUGUUGUGCAGAUGACGCGAAUCAACUUCUUUGUUGCUACCAUCCGACCACAGUACGAGGCUAUUUUUGGCGACCGUGAACGCGCAGUCAGGGUCAAUACCUUCUUUGACGUGGCCCUCCCAGCCGGCGGGAUCUUUGCGAUUCCUUUCAUUGGUACAGCUCUUGACCAUGUCAGCACUGUUCUUGUGUUGUCAGCUCUUGUGGCAUGCGGAACGCUCAUCGGUAUUCUGGGCGUAUUGCCUUUUGAGUGGGCAGCAUACACUGGAAUUAUCCUCUUCGUUCUAUACCGUCCGUUUUACUACACUGCAGUGUCUGACUACAGUGCCAAAGUGUUUGGUUUCCGAACCUUUGGAACUGUAUACGGUCUCAUCAUCUGCCUCUCUGGCCUGCUCAACUUUUCACAGUCUGGUCUCGAUGUUCUCUUUCACCAGACCUUUAAUGGCAACCCAGUACCCGUCGAUAUCAUGCUUCUGGUUAUUGGCCUGGCUGUAGGUGUGUCACUUGUUGUCUUUGUAGCAAUGGAGCUUCGCAAGAUGCAGCAAAAGGCCAGGGCGGGUAUAUCUCAAUGA